GCGGCCGGCGGGGGGCCCGGGGGCGGCCGGCAAUGGCGACAGCCCCGGCAGGUGGACUGGAACUUAAUCCAGAUGCUGCAGAUUUCAUUCCUCGCGAAACACGUGACAAUCAAGCACCCCAGAAAAAUAAGAAGCCAGGGGAUUUUACCAGAAACAAAACCUCUCCUCUACCAUCGUCAAGACCACCACCCUAUCGCAACUAUUGCCGUGAUUUGCCACACAAGAGGGAAAAUUACCAGCACCCAAGAAGUCGUUAUGAGGAGAGCCCAGCUCCUUUUCCCAGGGCAGCCAAUGAAGGGCAUGGGACCAACCGAAACAAAGCAGGUAUUCAUAGUUUCCAAAACCAGCGCCGGCACCGCAUGAGAAAUGAGAAGAUCUAUCCUGGAGAAGGGUGGACCGCAGAAUUGUCUCAACAGGAAACUGCUGAAAGUAUUGUACAACUAGAUUCCAUGGAAAAAGAUUCAGCAAAAAAUGUGCCUGAGAAGGAUUUAAUGGAGUUGGAUGCAGAAUUCGUGGAACAUAGGAAAAGUCAUGGUUCAGAGCAGGAAAACUGGCGAGCACUUGACAACCAAGGAGGAGCAAAACCAAAAAAGAACAAUCUCUACGUUCACAAACCCAGUCAAGGGAUGAACGAGCGAGGAAGGCCAGUUUUUGAAAAAUACAAUAGAACUUUUGGAAGGAAAACCAAUGAAAGGUCGGAAAAUGUCAGUCCACAUUGUAUAGCGGAAGCACCUGUUGAAAUAGCUGGAGCAGAGAAAAACAAUACAAAAUAUAGCGAAGAUUUGCAACGAAGGUCUUUUUACAAAAGUAAAAUUAGUCCAAGAGGAUCCACCUGGGGUAGAGAGUAUUCGGAUGACAAAGUGUACAAAAGUGAGAAUAUGAGAGCAGGAUCAAACUCCUCCAUUUACCCCUCUGAACGAGAUACCAAGGAUGAGAGAGAGAAUUCAAGGUUAAGGGAAAAUAUACAGCUGAGCCACAGAACACAAUCUUGGAAGGUGAAUGACAUGGAAAAAGAAAGGAGAAGAAUAAAACGACCACAAGAUGUGCAAAAUAAAUUGUUUGAUUCAGACAGAAAGCCAUUUUGGAAAAAACAGAUGGAAGUGCAUAAGAGCAAGGAGACUCACACAGGAUUAUUGAUUGAGCAUCUUACAGCUGAGAAGUAUGAAUGUAUGGUUUGCUGUGAGGUGGUUCGUCUGAUGGCACCAGUAUGGAGCUGCCAAAGCUGCUAUCAUGUAUUUCACUUGAAUUGUGUUAAGAAAUGGGCAAGAUCACCUGCUUCUCAGGCUGAAGAUGGGCAUGGUGGUUGGAGGUGUCCUGCUUGUCAGAAUGUAUCUGUGCGGGUCCCCAAUUCUUACGUGUGUUUCUGUGGCAAGGUCAACAAUCCAGAGUGGAACAGGAAUGAAAUCCCUCACAGCUGUGGAGAACUUUGUGGAAAGAAAAGAUCUGGCAACGACUGCCCUCAUCCAUGUAAUAUCUUGUGCCAUCCCGGGCCAUGCCCAUCAUGUCCUGCAUUUGUAACAAAGGCAUGUGAAUGUGGCAGAACCAGUCAGUCAGUCCGCUGUGGUCAGGCUGGUGCAAUUCAAUGCAAUAACGUAUGUGAUAAUCUCCUGAACUGUGGAAAACAUACAUGUGCCCAGGUGUGUCAUGCAGGGAAGUGUCAGCCAUGUUUGCUUACGGUUCAGCAAGAUUGCUAUUGUCGAAGCAGUUCACGAGAAGUGCUCUGUGGUACUGAUAAUGAAGCAUAUAAUAACACCGGCUACUUUUCUUGUCAGAAGCCAUGCAGCAGAAUGCUCAACUGUGGCAACCAUAACUGUCUUCAGCUUUGCCAUUCAUCUCAAUGCCAACCCUGCCCUCGCCUGCCUGAAUUGGUACAAACCUGCCCUUGUAAGCAGACUCCCCUGUGCAAACUUUUAGAGCUUGGUUAUCCAGAGCGCAAAAGCUGCACCGAUCCAGUACCCUCCUGCGGGAAGACAUGUGGCAAGAUACUACCAUGUGGUUCAGAUGAUUUGAUUCAUACUUGUAAUAAUCUUUGCCACGAAGGUGAAUGUGGACCAUGUUCUGGAAAUUCAACUGUUUCCUGUCGGUGUGGUUUUAAAAAGAGGGAUGUUCCCUGUCUUGACAUCACUAAAGAAGCUGAUCUGCUGUUUUUGUGUGACAAACGCUGCAAUAAGAAACGUUCUUGUGGCCGUCAUAAGUGCAAUGAAGUUUGUUGUGUGGACACCGAGCACAAAUGUCUUCUCAUUUGUGGACGCAAGCUCAACUGUGGACAGCACAAGUGUGAGGAGCCUUGUCACCGUGGGAACUGCCAGACUUGCUUGCAAAGUGGUUUUGAUGAACUGACAUGUCACUGUGGAGCAUCAGUGAUCUAUCCUCCAGUACCAUGUGGUACCAAGCCUCCAGAGUGCAAAAACCCCUGCUGUAGACUUCAUGAAUGUGAUCAUCCAGUGUUCCACAAUUGUCACAGUGAUGAGAAGUGCCCACCUUGUACAUAUCUCACCCAAAAAUGGUGCAUGGGAAAACAUGAAUUGCGGAACAAUAUACCAUGUCACCUCACUGACAUCUCCUGCGGUCUUGCUUGUAACAAACUCCUUGAUUGCAGCAUGCAUAAGUGUAAGAGGAUUUGUCACAAAGGGGACUGUGCUACCGAAGAGCAGUGUAAACAGAUGUGUAUGAUCCGUAAAUCCGAUUGCAAUCAUCCAUGUAUGGCUCAGUGCCAUCAAGGUUCACCUUGCCCAAAGAGCCCGUGCAAUGCAGAGGUGGCAUUGCACUGCAGCUGUGGACGUAGGAAAGAGACAAUGGUGUGCAGUGAGGCAUCCAGUAAUUACCAGAGGAUUGCUGCUAUUGCCAUGGCCAGUAAACUUUCUGAUAUCCAUCUUGGAGACACCGUGGAAAUUAGCAGACUCAUUACUAAGAAAGAGAUGAAACAGACCAGGUUGGAGUGUGAUGAAGAAUGUGCAGUCCUGGAGAGAAAUAGGAAAUUCGCUGAGGCUUUACAUAUCAACCCCGCUUUAGAUCCCUUUCACACUCGUGGUUCAGGAUCAAAGUACAGCGACACUCUGAAGGAAGAUGCCAGAAAGGACCUGAAGUUCGUGAGUGAAGUGGAAGAAGAAAUCAAAGCUCUUGUAGAAGCUGUGAAUAAGGGGAAACAGUCAAAGAGGAGUCGUUGCUAUCCCCCGAUGAACCGAGAUCAUCGCAGAAUUAUUCACGAGCUGGCUGAGGCCUAUGGUGUUGAAAGUAUCAGCUAUGACAGUGAGCCCAAGCGAAAUGUUGUUGUCACUGCUGUGAAAGGAAAAUCUUUGUCUCCAAAUACUUCACUGACCUCACUGAUUGAAAGAGAAGUAGCUACCAGACCACCACCACCGAUCGCCCACUACAGGCACCAAACAUCUAAGGCAGACAGUGGAACAAUCAUCCUGCAGAAGCCAUUGAAGGAAGAACCAACAAUUGAUUAUUUUGAUGUUCAAGACUAGAAGUGCAUUGCUCUGUUUCUGAACACACCAGGAGUUUGGAUCAUAUGUUGUUUGGAAAUGGGAGCAGAGAUUAUCGACAUCAAUGAGGGGAAACAAACAAGUCAGCAAAGGUUGAUGACUGGAGGAAGACUCACUUUGUUAGUCCAUAAAUUUAAAUUUAGUCGACAUAAUUAAGUGCGUGAUGUUAUUCCCUGUAAAGAAUGCCUCUCACUAAGAGAGAAACUCAAUAAGAAAUGAAAGUAAUAAACGGUCAUACAGUGGAUUAUGUAGGCAAUAUAGUUCUAAAAUGCUGUGCAGUCCUGAUCAGUUGAUUUUGUUAAUUUUCACUUCUCGGUUAUGUUUUGGAAAGAAAUGAGAUGCAGAAUGAUGGUCACUGUGGAAUAAAUUGAAUAAAUUUG